AUGCGUGCGAGCAAGGCAUCUUCACCAGAGCAGAAAGCAAGAAUACCCCCCAAAUAUACUGCAGGAUGGCGACGAGUUAUCAGCAAUUUCAGCCCAUCAUGGUUCUCAACCACAAUGGGCACGGGGAUCGUUGGCAUUUUGUUCCAUCUGGUACCAUUUGAUACUCCAGCAUUCCGCUAUAUCGCUAUCGCUUUCUUCAGCCUGAACACAAUUCUCUUCGCGACCGUCUUCACCAUGUCCGCUCUGCGAUAUGCCCUCUUUCCGGAGAUAUGGGCAGUGAUGAUCCAAGAUCCGGUUAACUCGCUGUUCCUCGCGACUUGUCCCAUGGGCUUUGCGACGUUGAUUGAACUGUGGGUUUUCAUCUGUGUGCCUAUAUGGGGUGAUUGGGCGCGCACCGUGGCAUGGGCCUUUUGGAUUGUAGAUGCCGCUGCUGCUGCGUCGGUGACGGCUUCGCUUUCGUUUAUUCUGAUAUCCCAAAGCUACGUUACGUCACUCGAGCGCAUCACGGCCCUGCAGCUUCUUCCUAUCGCCGCCACGAUCGUUGCUGCCGGGGUGGGUGCAGAAAUCGCCGAUAUUCUCCCCAAUCCCAGCCAUGCGACCGGGACUUUACUUGUCUCGUAUAUUCUCUGGGGUAUGGGCACUCCUAUGGCGAUGAUGAUUUUGGUUAUUUAUUACCAGCGUCUCGCUGUUCAUAAGCUGCCGUCGCGCGCGACGAUCGUGAGUUGCUUUUUACCUCUUGGGCCUUUGGGGUUUGGUGGAUUUGGAAUCCUUUAUCUUGGAAAAGUAGCCCGCAAUUUGCUCGGAGAAUCGAAUACUUUGGACCCGAUCCUCGGAUACAUGGCAUAUGUUUUCGGACUCCUCACAUCCUUGCUCAUGUGGUCGUUCGGACUGAUCUGGCUGGUCUUUGCCCUUGCUACUAUCUACUAUACCUCGCCUUUUCCUUUCAAUAUGGGCUGGUGGGGAUUCACCUUCCCGUUGGGCGUGUAUGCGGCGAAUACGAUUCUGCUUGGAACAGAAACAGACCUCAUGUUUUUCCAAGUUUGUGGAACGAUCCUAAGUGCGGCUGUGGGACUCUUGUGGGUUGUGGUAGCAUGCAGAACGGCAAAGGGGGCAUGGCAGAAGUCCCUAUUCCAUGCUCCAUGCUUGCAAAAGCUGAAGUCCAAGCCCGAGGACGAUGCGGCGGGCCAGGGCCCUUGA